UAGGUAAGAAAAAAGUCGAGCCAUACUUUCAACUACCUAGUUUCGACUACCUUAAACAAUAUUAUUAUACACAAUUUUGCUUAAGGAUUUUAAAAGUUAUACAAUUUUUAAAACAUUACUUAUACACAAUUUUGCUUAAGGAUUUUAAUAGUUAUACAAUUUUAAAACAUUACUUAUACACAAUUUUAGUUAUACAGUUUUUAAAAUAUUCCAUAGAGAUUUUGUUUCUGUUGAGAUUUCGAUUCCUAUUGAGUUGUUGAACUAAUACCAUCGAUUUUAGAGGUUGAGUUGUUGAGCUGUUGGAAGUAUUUGAGUUGCAGAAAAAAUUCCAUAAUUGUUGCCAGUUGACUUUAACAUCUCCGAAAUCAGGAUUGUUGGAAAACUUGAAAGCUAUAGUUUAGUAAAUUUGUAAGAAUAGAUGAGAAAUUAUAAUAUUAAUUAAUUAAUUAGUUUAUUUCUGAAAAAUAUUACACUAUUAUAAAUCGUUAUAAAUAUUCUAUAAAAAAGAAAUUGAGUUUGUUUUAAUAAAGUAGUUAAAAAUUAAAAUGUCAACUACCAAUAUACACUCUAUUACAGAAAUACUUGGAAAAAAUGUUAAGCCAACAAUGGAGAAAAUAUUACUUAAGAUUUUAACAGAGAAUACAAAAAAUAAUAAUUUAGUUACUAAUGUUGGGGAUAUUAAUUAUACAGAUGGAGAACAAUUAUUGCAAGAUUUUAACGAAAUAACAGAUCCAUUUUGCGAUAAUAUUAUGGUAGCAAAAAUAGUAGAUUUUAGUUAUUGCGAAGGAGAACCAAAAAAUGGAAAAUUUUUAGUUGAUAAAGAAGCUUGCGGUGGUUAUAAUAAAUUGUUGAGAUCAAAAUUUCGUGAAUUUAAAUUAGCAGGGCAUGGUGUAAAAGCAAAAAGACCAUAUUUGCUAGAUUCCAACAUUUCAACAGCUUCGGGUGUUAAACAGGUUAUUGGUAACUGGAAAAAAUAUAAAGAUGAAUAUGAAAAUCCAGUUUUUAUACCUUUUAAAGUUGAAUUAGCCGAUGUAAAAGUAGAAACACUAUUACAAAAACUUCCAGGAAUAUUAAAAAAAUUAAAAGAGGAACAUAUUUAUUUAUUAGAUUUGGAUAUUACACAAGAUUUUGCAGGAAUUUUUAACAAAGAGGAAAUGAAAAAAUAUUUGACUUCUAAUUUUUCUUUUUCUCUAUCCGAUUCUAAAAAAGAUAAUAGAAUUGUGGAUAAUGACAAAACAGUGGGAAAAGAUUGUUUGACUUGGUUGAAUGAGAAUUGUAGAGCGAAAAUUUACAAUAAAUUCCAAUGUCAAAUGACAAGUCCUGGCAUAAUUAAACAACUUGGAAAUCAUGUGAUAGAUUAUUUAGAUUGUCCAGACGAGAGAUUGAGGGAAACUUUUCGAAACGAGUUAGCGCAAAAAAAGGGGAUUACAAGAUUGGAAGUAACCAUUUAUAAUUAUAUUAACGAGUAUUUUACUGCAAAAGAAAAGUAUGAUCCAAUAGAACAUUGUAUGAAAAUUUUGGAAAAAAAUAAAUCAUAUUUUCCUAAAGCUCCUUUUUAUUCUGUUCCAAUAUCCAUAAUGUGGAAAAAACUGACAAACACUUUGGAAAAUAGCUGUUGUAUUAUAGAUAACAAAACAAAACGAUUAAAUUAUGUUUAUUGGGCAAAUAAGAACACCAAUAAAUUAACUGGAAUUAAUAUUAAGCUCCCUGAAGAAUUUAGUAAACGAGAAAAAGUUAUAAAAUAUGUUCUGUCCGCCUUUAGUUUUCCAAUGCUGCCUAUAAAUUAUAUAGAAAUAACUGAAGUUGAUGAUGAAAAAAUAUCUGUAAUCCAAAAAUGUUUUUUAAAAAGAGAAGGGAAAACUUAUUUUACAAAAAACACAACCUUGUAUUCUAGUAUUAAAAAAACAAUAGAUAUUGAGAGGUCUGGAUUAAUUGCAACUAAAAAUGUAACACCAGAAGUUUUAAGGAAAAGGACAAAUAUAACAAAUGCGUUGUCUCCAUAUGUAAUUGAGGAAGUAUAUAACUAUAAUAAAGUAUACUUAGAAGCCAGUAAAAAACGAGAACUAGAACUCGAAAAUAUUAGUGAGGAAGAAAGAAGAUUGCAUUUUUUAAAUGAAACAAAAACAAAAAAUAUUAAAAUGUUGGAUGACAAGGCUAAGAGAGAAGCAUUUGAAAACAAGAUUUUGGAAUAUUUUAGAACAAAAUGGAUACAGUUGGGCGACAAGAAUAAAUAUAAAUUAUAUGCGUUUAUGGUAGAUAACAGACAUAAAUAUCCUUAUGUAGUUGUUUUAGUUGAGGAAAACAACUCAUUUUCUGUAAGGUAUAUUAAGGGACUACAUAAAAACUUUUUUAUUAAUAAAUAUAAAAAUAAACAAUAUUUAAAGGAAAAAGGAUUUUGCUUCCUUUCUUUUAAUAGACAAGAAAUUGUUUAUUUGCCUAAAAACGAACAUUUUAUGAUUUUAGAGACUGAUGGAUACACUAGCUAUAACGGAAAUCGUUUUCCUUCUAUUUGUGAUUUACAUGUUGAUAAAGAAAUUGGGGAGAUAAAGGUAAAGCUCUUGAAUACAACCAAGAUACAAUAGAAAAUUUAGAUUCAAACAAGAUGGAAGAUUUUAUUGGUAAAACACCUUUGGUAAAAGAUUGCAUACGUUUAGAGACAAUUGGGGAAAAUACACAAUUAACAAUAAGAGCCAUUGCUAUGACAAAAUAUCGCGGAAAAAAUAGGUAUAUAUUUGCUAUUGAAAAUACGGAACAUCUUUACAUAUCUAAUUAUUGGAUGGAAAAAGCAAUGGAAAAUUCACAAAUAGAUUUUAAUAGAAAAAUAAAAAUAAAAUUAGAUUUGUUUAAGAUUACACCAAGUAAGAAUAAGGAGUUAAGAGUUUUCUGUUCAAAUUAAUAGAAGAUAUAUUAUUUUAUUUACUGUCUUAUAUAUAACUUUACGAUAAUUCUAAUAAUGUUACAUUAUUAAAAUUAAAUUUUAUAGAAUUUUAUUGCAGGUAUUAUCUCGUUCAUUUCGCAGUUCUGUUCGUCGGAUGCCGGAUUCUGUUUAAAAUUGUUUUGUGGCUGAAAAAAUAACUUAUUAUACAAUUAGUAAGAUUUAAAUAUUUUAAAAAUUGAAGACGAAUAUUCCCACCCAUGUACCGCUCAAUACUAUUACAUAAAGACAAUUUGUUUUAUAUAAUUAAAUAAAUAAAUAAACAAAUAAAAAUGGAAAAACUUAAGACACUUUUAGAUAUUCCCGGGAGUAAUUUAAAAUUUGUAAAAUUUAGCGAAUUGGAAAUCAGAAAAAAAUACCACACAUCUUCCUUCGAAUUUAUCAAAACUAAAUAUGGUGAAAAAUUAACUGUUGUUUUAGAUAAUGAAUUUAAACUAGUUCUACCCGAUAGACUUUCUAAAUUAACAAAAAAAGAUGUUCAAGAUCUUAAUUUGGAUAACAAUUACUUUUUUAUUUAUAACGGGAUGGAAAUAUUGACGAAUGGUCAUAAAAAACAUUUGAUUACAUUUGAAAAAUUAUUGUAAUUUAAUUUAAUAAUGUUAACUUAAUUUUAACGAUCAUAAAAUUAUUUUUAGAACAAAUAUUAAUAUAAUUUCAAUAUUAAUUUCAAGAGAUGUUUUACUUAAAAAUAUAAUCCUAUAAUUAAUACAUUUAAUACAUAAUAUUUUCGAACGUCCACAUUCCACAAGCAUAAUAAUCUUAAUAACGUUUACUCCUUAACAUAUACAGAUACUCUUUUAUAGAGUAGAUAUAUUGAGUAACACUCCAGCACGCCUUUAUCUUUACCGUUUUAUAGGAAAGUGGCAAUAAUUCGAAAUCGUUAUUAGUUGUAUUAUAUACCAGCACGUCUUUAAUUUUUCGUUUAUAGAAUAAAGACAAUAAUUCGGUUUAAUUACAUUAACGAAAUGUAGACAUUCGAAAAUUGAGUUUGUAUUUAAAAAAUUUGAUAAUACAUAGAUUAUCAUCCAUGGGAUCGUGUUUUAGAAUACGAUUGUUCAAAAAAUUAUUUUAUAUUAUUUUCAAGACCCAAUAUACCAAUACAAAUAUAUAUGUUUUUAACAAAUAUAUUUAUAUAUUUUUGCGUAGAUUAUAUGUUAUAUUACGAAUAUAGGUAUACAUUAUAGUAAUAAUAUUUAAAAUAAAUGUAUGUAGAAAUAAUAUGUAGGUCAACAAAUAUUUUAUUAUAAUUAUCUAUGUGGUAUUUUUACUUAUAUGAGGAAAUCCGUAGAUAACGUAUGACGUCUAUCGGAUAUUCUAGAACAAUUUCAUUAGUUAUUAAAUACGAUCGACGAGCAUAAUUAAUUCACACUCGCCGGCUGAACUGAAAAGUUGUUGGUCGCAUAGCUGGCACUCUCCCUGAAAUUUGUCAUGCAAUAGCGAAUUGACGCUAAAUCAUGACAGACGUAGGGGGGAAGGAGUGUUACAUCAAACGACCAACGGACUUGCUGUUACCACGGAUGGAAAUCCAUCGCAGGAUUAUAGUAACUUUCAAGUUUUCCAACAAUCCUGAUUUCGGAGAUGUUAAAGUCAACUGGCAACAAUUAUGGAAUUUUUUCUGCAACUCAAAUACUUCCAACAGCUCAACAACUCAACCUCUAAAAUCGAUGGUAUUAGUUCAACAACUCAAUAGGAAUCGAAAUCUCAACAGAAACAAAAUCUCUAUGGAAUAUUUUAAAAACUGUAUAACUAAAAUUGUGUAUAAGUAAUGUUUUAAAAUUGUAUAACUAUUAAAAUCCUUAAGCAAAA